UUUCUUUUUCUAUUGAAAUUCCUCUGUUUUCUCAGCAACCAACCAGAGGUAUUUACGUCUCAAAGAAAAGCACUUGCUUAUUAGCUGUGGAAAUUGUGAGAGCAACAACUGGUUUACUGGUUUGCAAAUACUCGUCGUGGAGAUCAGUCUUCUUUUGAGCCAUCUUUAACACCUAGUAGUAAUCUUUACAUACCCUCCUUGAGUUCCAGGGAUGAGGGCUACUUCAGAAUCAGCAGAGUGGAUAUUUUUAGCUACUAUCCUUGGCCUAGAGAUGUUGUCAGCCGCUUGUGAUCAGGCUUCCUCCCCAAGAAGACCCCACUAUGCCCUAUCUGGUAUGCUGUUGGCUAUUGCAGCUGUGCUCAUUUCCAUCUGGGAGCUAAUUUACAAAGGUAAAAGGGAAGGAGUUGUGUUGAGGAGAUGGGGAAUGCUCUGGUGGUUUUAUCAUCCACCACCUCCUCGACAUACGCCUUUUGGUACUCUUACUGACAUUUAUGGACUAGUUGCUGGCAUCUCACAGUGCAUUUGCUCUAUAAUUCAGUAUGUUUACUGCCUUCGGCAUGCUGAUAAUCCUAUCAAAGCAUCCAUUUUGCCUGCCAUAUUUCUCAUAUGUUUAGGUGGUUCAAAACUAGGUAAGAACCAAAGGAACGCCAAUACCACUGAUAACAACAUCUUGAGAAAGCCUUCGGAUAGUAAUUCCUCUACCCAUACCUCUACAAUUACUAGGACUUCAAGUUCAAGCCCGCUAUUUCAGGCUCAAGGGGGUCUUCUUCGAUCCAGGUUGAGAGCCCCUCGGAUGCGCUGGACUACCUCUCUACACAAUCGCUUUGUUCAUGCUGUUGAGCUUUUGGGUGGCCAUGAAAGGGCUACACCAAAGUCAGUUCUUGAGCUUAUGGAUGUCAAAGAUCUCACCUUGGCCCAUGUCAGAUCUCAUUUACAGAUGUAUCGGACGGUGAAAACCGCCGAUAGAGCAGCGGCCUUUUCAGGACAAUCUGAUGUCCAUGAAAAUGCAUCAUCUGUGGAUGCCACUGAAGACAUAAUUUUUUAUCUUCAGAACCCAAGAAGGUCUGGUGAUCAGCUCUUAUCAGCGCAGACUAUUCAUGUUCAAGAUAACAAGGACUCGUGGGAAAAUUCUUCAAGCACGGGAGAAACUUCGCUGCAUGCAAUCGGGGCAAAUAUACAAUCUCUUGAUGAUCAGGAGGUAGUGGUACCAAUUUAAUUACGAUUUAAAGUAAAUUAUUUCGAAAAC